AUGUCGUUGGCUCGAUCGGCUCUCUGUCUUCUCGCUAUCAGUUGUGUCGCUGUGUGCAUCGUCUCUGCAGCAGGAGCAGCCUCGGAGAAGCAACAGUACGUCAUGGAUGCGCCAAUCACGGCCUACAAAAGAUUCUACUCAUGGGAGGACGCAAAGCGUGCCGCUUCGUCGGAGGAAGGAAUCAGGAACAAGAGGAAGCAAUUCUACGCCUGGGCCGGCAAACGAUCCUCGGCACCGGUCCACUUCUUCGAAGAUGCCGCCAUUUCCGCUCAAGAGGAAGCCGGACCGUCCAUGGAGAAGCGGAAGCAAUUCUACGCGUGGGCUGGAAAGUGA